AUGUAUUGUGGCAAGCCGACUAUACCUCGGAGAAUCGCGUCCGCCUUCCUAGACAUGACGUUGACUGCAGACAUCGUGUUAUGCUCUUCUGAUGCCACUCGGCAACGUGAGGAGCCACCGGGGUACCUCGCGGGCCCGAAGUGGGCCGCCAACAAAGUGAGGCUACUGGAGGCCACGAUCCCACAUCAUCCCAUAGCGGCGGAUCCAGACUAA